CUGCCAGUGAAUUAAUGAUUACAGUUUAUUUUUAAACCUAAUUCUAUUUACAUUUUAAUCACAGUAUUAAAUAGAUGUUUCGUUUCUUGUUAAGUUUAGUCCAUGUAUAAUAAUUUAUGUAAGCUGUGACCGAAGCAACAAAAAUGUCUUCGGUACAGCGUGCUUUUGCUCAUAAAUUGAGCAAGCAACAUGCAGCCGAUGUUCGUCGCCAAAUAGCUACAUCAGCAUCAUAUUCAAGGGAGCUGUCAAAAAGUGGUAGCAAUUUUUCUGCUUUCUCAUCAACGAUGUCACUUUGUGAAGUUGUGGAACCUCUGGACUAUGAGGAAUUUUUAGCACAACAUCAAGCAGUUUUAGACAGAGAUCCCUUGAAAGCAAUAUUAGAUUAUCCUCCGAAUGAUGUUGAGUUACGUGUUAUAAAAAGAAAGAUCCGUACAGAAGAGCCUGUAGUUCCAGCAGAGUCACUUGAUUUAGUUUCACCAUAUGUUAAGAGAUGUAUUGAAAGUUUUACAUCUGAUUGGGUGAUGAUUCAUAGAAAACACAGAAGUAGAGCCUUACCUAUGGCCCGAGAUCAAUUGGUACAAGAAACUCCUAGGCAGGAUUUUGAGGUGGAUCAAGAACAAGUAAAUGGUUGUCAUUCUCCAAAUGAAGAUGAAACAGAUUUAUCUCAGUCCAAUUCCCAGCAAGAAACUCCUCGAGGUUCUUGGGCAAGUUUAGAUCUUCGACAUUCCCAACAUGAUCCUUUGCUUCCUAAUCUUUUAGAUAGAGUUUGCCCUGAAACCAUAGAUCAAGUAAAUGAACAGAAACGUUCAGAGGAUCGACAAGAAGCAUUAUUUCCGUUGUAUUCCUUGCCGACACCCUCUGACGAUGAGUGGCAAGAGAUUAUGUUAGCAUCAGAACCAUCAGAGCCAUUUUCUCAUAAAAUUCAUAUAAAAUGUUUACAAUUGAAAUUAGAGUUGGAAGUGGAACCUAUAUUUGCUUGUAUGGCUCUAUAUGAUGCAAAAGAAAAAAAGAAGGUUUCGGAAAAUUUCUAUGUGGAUAUGAAUUCAGAGGCAUUAAAAAGAAUGCUUGUCGGGCAUAUAGCUUAUAGUGAUCCAAGCACUCUGUCAAGAAGUUGCGUUGUAAGCAUAAGCAAGCCAAGUCCCGAUCUGUUCCUUGUUGUUCGAUUAGAAAAAGUAUUGCAAGGGGAUAUUUCCGAGUGUGCAGAGCCAUAUUUGAGAGAUGACAAAAAUAAAGAUAAAGUAAGAGCAGCAGCCACUGCAGCUUGCGAACGACUCGGCCGUUAUCGUAUGCCUCUCGCGUGGACUGCAAUUCAUCUAUCAGGAGUUAUUGGAGGAAAUGGAGAUACUGAUAGUGGUGGAAAUGCUGGUUCCUUGGAUAGAAAAUCGUCUGGUUUGGAACAAUGGCGAAAAAAAGUUGAUCCUCCAAGUCGAAGAGGAUCUUUAGAACGACGUACCUCUGAUAAAAGACGAAGUUGGUCACCGGAUGACUUUGCCAAUUGCUUGGAUAGCUUUAGACCGAUAACGCUGACUGUGUCGAGCUUUUUCAAACAAGAAAGUGAAAGGCUUCGCGAUGAAGAUUUGUAUAAACUUUUAGUGGAAUUAAGACGACCGGGGUCGAAUCUCAAAAGACUAAAAUGCAUACCUGGAAUUUUGAAAUUAGAUUUAAGCCCACGCCCCGAAGAAUUACUACGAUGUUUAGACCCUGACUUGCGAAGAUUGACACCGUAUCCCGAUGAGUUAGGUCGACCUGUCAAAGAGCUUUUAGAAUUUCCUAGUGAUAUCAUUUCUCCUGAUUUAACUUAUCGCAAUCACCUAUACAUUUAUCCAAAAGAAGUGAAUUUUAACUCUAGAACCGGUUCAGCACGUAACAUUGCAGUGCGCAUUCAGUUGAUGGGUGGUGAACAAGAAGAUGAAGCAUUAACUGCAAUUUUUGGUAGAUCUUCGUGUCCAGAGAUGACGCACGAGUACUUUACGUCAGUAUCAUAUCACAACAAAAAUCCAAACUUUUACGACGAGGUUAAAGUCAGAUUACCAGCAGAUUUGAGUGCCAGGCACCACUUACUCUUUACUUUCUAUCAUAUUAGUUGUCAAAAGAAGGUUGAGCAACCGAAUGUUGAAACACCAGUAGCUUACACGUGGCUUCCAUUACUAAGAGAUGGGCAUCUACAAUCAGGCGAAUUCUGUUUACCAGCGAUGUUAGAUCCUCCACCAGCAAACUACUCCUAUAUUGCUCCGGACGUGUUACUCCCAGGCACACGAUGGGUCGAUGCACACAAAGGAGUGUUUACAGUGAUUCUUGAGCCCAUGUCAAGUGUACAUCCUCAGGACAAGUAUAUUGACCGGUUCUUAACUCUAUGCAGUGCACUGGAAUUAAGCCAAGUACCACCCCGUAUUGGCGAAGCUGGAAUGGAGUCCGAGAUGAAAUCUGCUUUGCUCGAACUCGCACGUACCUCACAGGCUGCGUUGAUACGCUCGCUGCCGCAGAUAUUCGAUCAAUUAAUUUCGCUGCUAAUUCGACCACCGACUCUUCCCUCGCAACCUUUGAAUAUUGCAGCUACGGUGUUCGAAGCAAUUGGUUUACUUGUGAGAAAUAUAACUUAUCUGCAGGAUGGACAAGUUGAUGCUCACGGGAGACACCCAUUGCUCACUACUUAUUCAGCUUAUCAGUGUUCUUUGCCGAGAAUGAAUCAGUGUCCGGGUAUGAUGAGAACUCAAAGUAAUCCUGAUCUUCCAAUUGAGGACUUGGAGAUGGAAAUCGUCACCAGAGGCCUCGAUCGUACUGCUUCGAUGAGAACGGAGUCAGUUCAUGUUAAUAAUCAAUACAUUCCAUCAACCCGCAGAUUACUUCAUGAAGAAUUAGCUUUACACUGGGUAGUUUCAACAGGUCAAGCUCGUGAAUUAGCAAUGUGCCAUUCCUGGUUCUAUUUGGAACUAAUCGUUCGUUCGAUGGUCAUCACUUUGGCCGAGUUUAAUCUGCUUGAUUCGCCACGCAAAUCACGCUUUUCACCUCAAUUCUGCGAUGAUUUAUCAACUCUAAUAACUGCUCUUACCAAUGAAAUUAUUAAUCGUAGCGGCAAGGAUCGACAAAUCGCUUCGAAUCUAACGUCAAGUCUCGGUAAUUUUAUGUCAGAUUUAUUGGCGAUUAUGGAUAGAGGUUUCGUUUUAUCGCAGCUUAGAACUAGUUGCUGUUCACUUUCUGAUGCGUCGAUGCAGGUCCCCGACUCAGCAGCACUGUUCGCUUUGAAACUCGACUUGAUUCGCACAGUUUGUUCAAAUGAGCACUACGUCGCAUUGAAUCUACCAUUUGGCACAGGCUACACCUCAGGUUCAGCACCAGUAUCACCAAGUCCAUCAACCGGUAGCUCAGGCAGUCUCAUCUCAACUCUUGUACCUGGCGAACGUGCAAGGUUUUCCGAGCUCAGUCAAGAGUUUCGUCAGCAACAUUUCCUUGUGGGUCUGGUACUUCUCGAUUUAUCAAACACAUUAGAGAUACCAAAUCCAAUGCUACAGAACAAGGCCAUCGGUACGAUUCGUUACCUCAUGUCCUUGCACGACGCUGAUCCUCGCUACGCUGAUCCCACGGCAAAAGCUCGGGUUGCUGCAUUGUACCUGCCGUUGUUGAAUAUACUCAUGGAUGCGUUGCCGCAGUUGUAUCAUUGGGAUUCUAAGGAUAAAAGUGUGUACACCGAUGAGACUGGCUCUAUUACUCACACGGUUGCGUUGGCGAUAGCUGGUGGUGCAUCUGUCGAAGCGGCUGGCUCACACUGCCGAGUUUCUCUGAGCUCUGAGGCAACCAGACACUUACUUAUGUGCGCUUUGUGGGUCAUGAAGUCGCUAGAAAAAUCAGCAUUAGCACAGUGGAUAUCAGAACUCAGCUCGAGGAGAGUCCUAAGCAUCCUGCAGGUCUUAAAUAUAAGUACAGCUGCGUUCGAGUAUAAGGGCAAAAAGGCAUUGAAGAGGCUGCCAUCGCAGGUGACGGCCACUGGUGAUAUCAGGUCCAGACUGGAGGACGUUAUCUUAGGUCAAGGUAGUGCCAGAAGUGAGAUGAUGUUGCGGAGAAAGGAGAGAGCAAGCGGAGAUAAACUUCGAUGGCGGAAGGAUCAAAUGGCUUAUAGGCUUAGCGAGCAGCCUGAGGGUAGAGCUGUUGAGCAAGAUGCUCAUAUUGAAGGUGCUUUAGCAGCGGAAGCUUCACUUAUUGUUUUGGACACAUUGGAGACUACUGUUCAAGCUGAGGGUGGAGGAGGCAUCGUAGUAGGUGGAGUAUUGAAAGUAUUAUUAAGAGCAUUAGCAAGAAACCAAAGUACUCUAGUUCUACAGCACAUGUUCAAUACACAAAGAGCUCUAGUCUUGAAGUAUCACAGUGCGUUAUUUGAUGAGGAAGAAAGCGAAAGAUGCGGUGAUUUGUGCUUGACUUUAUUAACCAGGUGUAGCUCGCCACUUAGUGCUGUUCGGAGUCAUGCUGCUGCUAGUCUUUAUUUAUUAAUGCGACAGAACUUUGAAAUCGGCAAUAAUUUUGCGAGGGUAAAAAUGCAAGUAACCACUUCGCUGUCAGCGUUAGUUGGUCGAGGAAGAGCACCAAACGAGGGUGCACUUCGUCGAGCUCUCAAGACUGUUUUAGUGUACGCUGAAAAGGAUACAGAGAUGGCUGAUACUAGUUUUCCAGAACAAGUUAAAGAUUUGUUAUUUAAUUUGCACAUGAUACUCUCGGACACAGUGAAAAUGAAAGAAUUUCAGGAAGACCCUGAAAUGUUGUUGGAUUUGAUGUACAGAAUUGCGAAAGGUUAUCAAGGCUCGCCAGAUCUCAGGUUAACGUGGUUAGCAAACAUGGCUCAACAACACAUGGAGCGCAAAAAUCACACGGAAGCAGCAAUGUGUUUGAUACACAGUGCAGCUCUUGUUGCUGAGUACUUAUACUUGCUAGAACCUGGCGGUGGUGGCCGGCCGAUCGGUGCUGUAGCUUUGAGUCCAGUAACGCCGAAUGCUUUAGAAGAGAGUGCUGUCGGCGAUGAUGUUCUAGCGAGAAGAGAAGAGGGUCUUUGUUUGGGUCCCGAUUUUUCAGAGAGCGGAUUAGCUGGUUUGCUUGAACAUGCGGCAAGUUCAUUUCUUGCUGCAGGUAUGUAUGAAGCUAUACCCGAGGUAUACAGAGUUCUACUACCAAUUGCUGAAACAGCCCAUGAUUACAAGAAGCUGGCUAAUAUUCAUGGAAAAUUACAUGAAGCUUAUACUAGAAUUGAGCAGCUCUCUGGAAAACGCGUAUUUGGUACUUACUUUAGAGUAGGGUUCUAUGGUGUAAGAUUUGGCGAUUUGAAUGGUGAGGAAUUUAUUUAUAAGGAGCCUACUCUGACGAAAUUGCCAGAAAUUUUUUCAAGACUUGAAAAUUUCUAUGCUGAAAGAUUUGGCAGCGAUAGUAUAGUUAUUAUUAAAGAUUCUAAUCCAGUCGAUGCAGGCAAACUGGAAGCAGACAAAGCAUACGUCCAGAUAACUUAUGUAGAACCUUAUUUUGAGGCUCAUGAAUUAAGACAUCGACCGACAGUAUUUCACAGAAACUUCAACAUUCGACGGUUUUUAUACGCAACGCCGUUCACGCCUGGAGGUAAAGCUCAUGGAGAAUUACGCGAGCAAUGCAAGCGAAAAACUAUAUUGACCGUGGCAACGCAUUUUCCUUACUUGAAAACAAGAAUUCGAGUGGUCAAUAGGAAACAAAUUUUAUUGAGUCCUAUCGAGGUAGCUAUUGAAGAUAUACAAAAGAAAACUGCUGAAUUAGCAGCGGCGACAAAUCAAGAGCCACCCGACGCAAAAAUGCUACAAAUGGUGCUACAAGGUUGUAUAGGUACUACUGUGAAUCAAGGUCCGACAGAAGUUGCAAAUGUAUUCUUAGCUGGACUGAGAGAACAAAAUAUUCAGCCUAACAAACUACAGCAUAAGCUACGCCUUUGCUUCAAAGAUUUUUCCAAAAAAUGCCUAGAUGCGCUUCGUAAGAACAAAAAUUUGAUUGGUUCUGAUCAACGAGAUUACCAGAGAGAAUUGGAGCGAAAUUAUCAACGAUUUACUGAACGAUUGGCACCAUUAAUUGCUUGGAGUGGUCAGUCGCCAACAAGUCAAGUGCCAGCAAUCAGUAAACCAACAUCACCUAACUGGUCUUAAUAGUGCAAAAGCCACAUUCGAAUUACGAGCCAAAGAACAAAUGUUUUUUUUUUAAACUAACUUAUUAUUAGAACGCACUUUUUAUUGCAGCGAUUCCGUCACAUAUAAGUAUUUUUUAAUUAUACAUAGAUAUUUGUAAGCAACGUAUGCAUUUAGACGCGUUUUAUUUUAGCAUUUCAUAAGCGAUGUAUUUAUGUCUGUGAUUCGUUAAUGACGUUGACGUAAGUUUGUGAUUUCUACUCUAUCUCUCUCUCUCUUUUUUUUUAUAUGUACGUGACAACGAUCAAACUUUUAGAAACAUGACGUAUACGUAAUUUUUUAUAAUGCAAAAAAGUA